AUGUCUCAAAACGACCUGUUCCUCAGCCUCUUGCGACCGGCAGUCCUACAUAUUUUGCGUGCAACGGGCUUCCAUCACGGGAAGCCUUCGGCUGUGGACACCGUCGUGGAUCUCACUGCGCGCUACAUUUCCCUGCUCGCCGAGCGCACAGCUUACAACGCAUUCUCCAAUCACAACGACCUCACCCCAGACAUCACCGACGUGCGCAUGGCUAUGCAGGAUUGCGGGUUGCUAGUGCCGACCCUGACAGCUAGUGAAGAGCUCUGGAAAGAGAUUCUGCGCAAACCGCUGGAGGAUUACGAUGCAAACACGACUGCGAGAGAGAACGAAGAAGCGCGUCGCAAUGCAGAAGACACAGCCGACGUCAACGAGUUUAUUGAAUGGGUCAAAGGCGACCAGAACAGAGAGAUCAGGCGGAUAGCUGGCACUUACAAGCCCGUGGCUCAGAACCCUACGGAGCAACUGGAUCAACUGGAGAUGGAGGAUUACUUGAAUACCCUUAUGAAAAAGCACAGCAAGACUGGUGUCGAAUCACGCUUUCAAGGAACGGCGCUCGGAGUUCCAGCGGAACCAAAGACGAUCAAAAUCGAAGGCGGUGCAGUAGACUCUAUUGAAGAGUGGUGUCGCAAGACACGAGAACAAGCGACAAAGGCGGCAGAAUCGAAGCGAGAGAGCCGCGAAACAACAAAUCACGUCGAGACCAGAGAAUCUUCAGUCGAUGUAGUCAUGGAAAUGGAGUAA